CUUUUCGUUAAGGGGACUCAUUAAAUAUCAGGUAACACCUUUCCUUUCACCUGAUGGAGAACUAGGAUGUCAGCAUUCACAGUGUCACAGUUUCACCACUUUCUGGUUCUUGGGGGAUGGAGAAGGGGACUAGGAGAGAAAGGGGGAGAAGGCAGUAAAGCAGUAGAGGAAAUAAACUUCUGGGACACUACUCUUCUGCUUCUACACUGGCAGCCUUGGAUGUAAUUACUCAACCUGGGUAUAUCAUUGACUAGGCUUUUUAUGACAAGACCUGUAAACAGGCGGCUUUCUAGAAGAUGACCAUAGAGGACCGUCCAGAUUUUCCAUUAGAAGGAAAUUCUUUGAUUGGAAGAUACCCAUUUUUAUUUCCAGGUUCCAAUACACCAGUUAUCUUUUCAAUUUCUGCAGCGCCAAUGCCUUCAGACUGUGAGUUUUCUUUCUUUGAUCCUAAUGAUACAUCAUGCCAGGAAAUUCUCUUUGAUCCCAAAACUUCUGUAUCAGAGUUAUUUGCCAUUUUAAGACAGUGGGUGCCUCAGGUCCAGCAAAACAUUGACAUUAUUGGAAAUGAGAUUCUUAAGAGAGGUUGCAAUGUGAAUGACAGAGAUGGAUUGACAGAUAUGACUCUUUUGCAUUAUACUUGCAAGUCUGGAGCUCAUGGUAUUGGUGAUGUUGAUACAGCUGUAAAAUUUGCAACUCAACUUAUUGAUCUGGGAGCAGAUGUUAGUUUGCGGAGUCGAUGGACAAAUAUGAAUGCUUUGCAUUAUGCUGCUUAUUUUGAUGUACCUGAGCUUAUAAGAGUGAUUUUGAAGACCUCUAAACCAAAAGAUGUGGAUGCCACGUGCAGUGACUUUAAUUUUGGAACAGCUCUGCAUAUUGCUGCCUAUAACUUGUGUGCAGAUACUGUGAAAUGCUUAUUGGAGCAUGGAGCAAAUCCUGCGUUUAGGAACGACAAAGGACAGGUCCCUGCUGAUGUUGUUCCAGACCCAGUUGAAAUGCCACUAGAAAUGGCUGAUGCCGCAGCAACUGCUAAAGAAAUCAAGCAGAUGCUGUUAGAUGUGAUGCCUCUGUCAUGUCAUAUCUCAAAGCCCAUACUUCCAAAUUACGACCGCGUUACUAGCAAGGCAAUGCUUACGUCACUUGGCCUGAAGCUGGGGGAUCGUGUUGUUAUUGCAGGACAGAAGGUUGGAACAUUAAGAUUUUGUGGAGCAACUGAAUUUGCAAAUGGGCAGUGGGCUGGCAUUGAGUUGGAUGAACCAGAAGGAAAAAACAAUGGAAGUGUUGGAAAAGUCCAGUACUUUAAAUGUGCCCCCAAAUAUGGUAUUUUUGCACCUCUUUCAAAGAUAAGUAAAGCCAAAGACCGAAGGAAGAAUAUAGUACACACUCCAUCUACAAAAGCUGUACCACUCAUCAGGUCCCAGAAAAUUGAUGUAGCUCACGUAACAUCAAAAAUAAACACCGGAUUAAUGACAUCAAAAAAAGAUAAAUCUUCGGAAUCAAUACUUUCAUUGCCUUCUGGUGAAGAAUUGAAAGCUGUAACAGAGAAAGUUGGCGCCCUGCCUGGAUCCAUCAGUAGCUGCUCCUCUACAUCUUCUUUGGAACACAAACCGAGCCACCCCAGGAAACUGAAUGCGCGUAGUGGGAACAGGAAGGCAAUGAGCCAAAGCCCGUCCGUCUCAUCCAGAGCCAGUGCUGGUCUGAAUUCCUCAGCAACGUCUAUAGCACCUAGUGGGGGCUGUGAAGGAGAGCUCCACCUCGGAGACCGAGUGCUGGUGGUAGGCCAGAGAAUUGGUACCAUUAAGUUCUUUGGGACAACAAACUUUGCUCCAGGAUAUUGGUAUGGUAUAGAGCUUGAGAAACCCCAUGGCAAGAAUGACGGUUCAGUUGGAGGUGUGCAGUAUUUUAGUUGUUCUCCAAGAUAUGGAAUAUUUGCUCCCCCAUCCAGGGUACAAAGAGUGACAGAUUCCCUGGACGCUCUUUCAGAAAUUUCUUCAAAUAAACAGAAUCAUUCUUAUCCUGGUUUUAGGAGAAGUUUCAGUACCACUUCGGCUUCUUCCCAAAAAGAAAUUAACAGAAGAAAUGCUUUUGCCAAAUCGAAAACUGCUCUGCGCCGGAGCUGGAGCAGCACCGCCCCGGGCGGCCUCGAGGCGAGUGUGAGGCUGCACGAGGGCUCCCAGGUCCUCCUCACCAGCUCCAGCGAGAUGGGCACUGUUAGGUACGUGGGCCCCACUGACUUCGCUCCAGGGAUCUGGCUCGGACUUGAGCUUCGAACGGCCAAGGGGAAGAAUGACGGAGCGGUGGGCGACAGACGCUAUUUCACCUGUAAGCCCAGCCAUGGAGUCUUGGUCAGGCCGAGCAGAGUCACCUACCGGGGAAUAAACGGGUCACAGCUUGUGGGGGAGAGUUGUUGAGUUAACUUCAUAUAUAAAUAUAUAUAUAUGUGGUGUAAAACAAAAGAGUCCAUGGCAAAUGGUUUACUCUAUUUAGCCAUUAUUUAAAAUUUGAAACUAUAGCUAUCUUUGUAAAAACUAAUUCAGAGACUCCUUUGAAAAGCUAGAAAUAUGAGCUGUGGGUUUCAUGGCUCUCUUAGAGUAAUUUCAAAAUAAGCAUUCUGACCCAAGAAAAUUCUGAGACUUAGGAAAUAAUGUGCCAUUAGGUGACCAGCUGAUGUUGCUUACUCUGUUUAAUUUUUGCACACACAAUUUUGCACACACAUAUGCCACAUUUGUGAAGUUUUUCACUCAUUUUGGUUAACACAUGACAUUCACGUGACCUUUUUCGGUCAAGUAUUUUUGGCGUUUUAAUUUAUUUAUGUGCCAACAAGUACAAUAAGAGAAUAGUAUCCAUAUGACUAGUGUAUUUUUCAGUAGAAUACUUUGCCCUUUGAGGAAUGCUCCAUCUAAGACACAGUAAAACUUUGGAGCUGGUUGGGCCUUUGAGGCUCUGGAGCUCAGCCUCUCUCACCAUUGCCAAAUCCAGAAAUGGAGGUGUAAGGCAGUGCUCUGUUACCCCGGGUGCUAACUAGCUAGCUGGUUAACAGGGCUACGAAGAAAACAUGGGUCUCAACCUGUGGCCCAUGCUCUUUCCCCUACACAAAAGGUAUAAUCUCAUACUGUUCUUCUGUGGUGGUGACUGAACCACAGAAACCCUUCAUUUGAUUUGUGAAUUUUUUGUGCAUACUUUAUUGAAUUCCUUACUGGAUAUAUUUAUAAAACAUACACACAUGAAGCACUUUUAAAACAUGAUGCACUUUCAUCUUUGCAGAGAAUUUGUCAUCAUUUCCUCCUGGGAUAUGAAAAACAUUAAAAAAAAGUAUUUAUGAGAAGAGAGCAAAUUAAGAUGUGUUAGGAAGAAUGUAGUAUCUAUUCAUUUAAAUGUUUGUGAUUUCACAGUUUUUUAAGUUGGCAGUGUGCUUGCUGUCAUUGCUAUUUUCAUAUUUUCAAUUGUUGCAAAAUGCAGCCUGCAGUCAAGCUACAGAACCGUAUCAUGUUUUCAUUUUCCUUUUCAAGCACGUGUUAGCAAACUAAGCUUCACAAUAGAGUGAUGUAAUAAUGCAAAACAUUUGUAUCGUGGAUAUGUAUUGAAGUUUAUGUCCUAUAUAUGUAAAGAUUUAUUUUUUAUUGUAGAUAUUUAGACUUUAGACUACCACAGAAAUAUUGGAACAGUUUGCUUUAUAAGAUUAAAAGUAUCAUUCUGAAUCGAGCUCACUUUGUGCUUGGAAACAUGUUGAAGUAUUUUGCAAUAUACUAUUUGAAAUCUAAGUUUUUUUGCUUUGUUGCCUUUUAAAAAAAGUGUGGUAUUCCAAAUAUGACUAGAGCUAUUUUCCUGAAAUACA